AGGAACUGCCGUGGUUGGUUAUCCAAAUGUGAGAGAAACGGACGCUCUGGGUCGUGUCUACACUGUACAUCCCAAUAACUUUGAAUGCUUUUUUCUACGACUCUUACUUCAUACAGUCAGAGGUCUUACUUCAUUUGAAGCUCUGCGGACUGUAAAUGGUCGGAUCUGUGCGACAUUUCGUGAGGCAUGUCAAUUACAUGGAUUACUGGAAGAUGACCAGCAAUGGGAUGCCACGAUGUCUGAAGCAGCUGCAGCUCAAUCACCAGCAAGAUUGAGAAAUCUAUUUGCACUGAUACUAACCACAUGUGGACCGUCCAAUCCAAAACAAUUAUGGGAGUCGUACAAAGAAAGUUUAACCGAAGACAUUCUUAGAGAAGCGCGCAGACAAAAUCCUGGAAUGAAUUUAGAUUACACACCCGAUAUGUUCAAUCAAGUGCUGCUUAUUCUCGAAGACAAAACUUUACAGAUGGCUGGCAAAAACCUUGAUGAUUUACACCUUCCCACUCCUCAGCGAAAUCUUGGUGAUAGAUUGAGCAGCGAAAUGCUCAGAGAAACAAGUUAUGAUGUGAAAGAGUUGGAUGCCUAUGUAGCAGCAAAUGAACCAUUGUUGGUGCCAGAUCAAAGAGCUGCAUACAACGCUAUUUUGGGUCAGAUCAAGGAGAAAGCUGCUGGAAUAAUAUUUCUUGAUGCACCAGGUGGAACUGGGAAGACAUUUGUCAUUGAUUUACUCUUGGCUAAAAUUCGCAAAGAGUCAAAAAUUGCGAUUGCAGUCGCUUCUUCGGGUAUUGCUGCUACGCUGCUCCAAGGUGGUCGCACUGCUCACUCAACAUUAAAGUUGCCUUUCAAAUUUAUGCACGAUGAACAUCAUCUCUGUAGUAUUCGCAAAGGAACUGGCGAAGCAAAGAUUCUAGAAGUAUGUGAACUUAUUGUAUGGGACGAGUGUACAAUGGCUCACAGGUAUGCAUUAGAAGCCUUAAAUAAUACUCUACAAGAUCUUCGCGGUAAUGGAAAAAAUAUGGGUGGAGUAGUUGUGCUACUUGCUGGGAACUUUAGGCAAACAUUGCCUGUUAUUCAAAAGGGUACAAUGGCUGAUGAGCUUAAAGCUUGCUUGAAAUCUUCAUAUCUCUGGAGACAUGUUAAAUCACUAACAC